GCCCCGCCCCGGGGAGGGAGUCCCGGGCGCAGCAUCCUGGCGCGGGCCGGGGCCGCCGCCGCCACUGCCGUCGGAGAAGGUCCCAGCACGGACAUGGCCUCGCGCGGCGCCCGCCCGAGCCCGAGCCCCCCGCGCCCCGCUUUGUAGCCCCCAGCGGAGAGGCGGCCUCGACGGUGCCGACGGCGCAGACGGCCGGGCGGGCGGCAUGGAGGCGGCGCACCUGCUCUCGGCCGCCGACGUGCUGCGCCACUUCUCGGUGACAGCCGAGGGCGGCCUGAGCCCGGCGCAGGUGACCGGCGCGCGGGAGCGCUACGGCCCCAACGAGCUCCCGAGUGAGGAAGGGAAGUCCCUGUGGGAGCUGGUGCUGGAACAGUUUGAGGACCUCCUGGUGCGCAUCCUGCUGCUGGCUGCCCUUGUCUCCUUUGUCCUGGCCUGGUUCGAGGAGGGCGAGGAGACCACGACCGCCUUCGUGGAGCCCCUGGUCAUCAUGCUGAUCCUCGUGGCCAAUGCCAUUGUGGGCGUGUGGCAGGAACGCAACGCCGAGAGUGCCAUCGAGGCCCUGAAGGAGUAUGAGCCUGAGAUGGGCAAGGUGAUCCGCUUGGACCGCAAGGGCGUGCAGAGGAUCCGUGCCCGGGACAUCGUCCCAGGGGACAUUGUAGAAGUGGCGGUGGGGGACAAAGUGCCUGCUGACCUCCGACUCAUCGAGAUCAAGUCCACCACGCUGCGAGUGGACCAGUCCAUCCUGACGGGUGAAUCUGUGUCCGUGACCAAGCACACAGAGGCCAUCCCAGACCCCAGAGCUGUGAACCAGGACAAGAAGAACAUGCUGUUUUCUGGCACCAAUAUCGCAUCGGGCAAAGCAGUGGGUGUGGCCGUGGCUACCGGCCUGCACACAGAGCUGGGCAAGAUCCGGAGCCAGAUGGCGGCAGUGGAGCCCGAGCGGACGCCGCUGCAGCGCAAGCUAGAUGAGUUUGGACGGCAGCUGUCCCACGCCAUCUCUGUGAUCUGCGUGGCCGUGUGGGUCAUCAACAUCGGCCACUUCGCUGACCCGGCCCAUGGUGGCUCCUGGCUGCGCGGCGCUGUCUACUACUUCAAGAUCGCCGUGGCCCUGGCUGUGGCGGCCAUCCCCGAGGGCCUCCCUGCUGUCAUCACUACAUGCCUGGCACUGGGCACGCGGCGCAUGGCACGCAAGAACGCCAUCGUGCGAAGCCUGCCAUCCGUGGAGACCCUGGGCUGCACCUCAGUCAUCUGCUCCGACAAGACGGGCACGCUCACCACCAAUCAGAUGUCUGUCUGCCGGAUGUUCGUGGUAGCCGAGGCCGAUGCGGGCUCCUGCCUUUUGCACGAGUUCACCAUCUCGGGUACCACGUAUACCCCCGAGGGCGAAGUGCGGCAGGGGGAUCAGCCUGUGCGCUGCGGCCAGUUCGACGGGCUGGUGGAGCUGGCGACCAUCUGCGCCCUGUGCAACGACUCGGCGCUGGACUACAACGAGGCCAAGGGUGUGUACGAGAAGGUGGGAGAGGCCACGGAGACAGCUCUGACUUGCCUGGUGGAGAAGAUGAACGUGUUCGACACGGACCUGCAGGCCCUGUCCCGGGUGGAGCGAGCUGGCGCCUGUAACGCGGUCAUCAAGCAGCUGAUGCGGAAAGAGUUCACCCUGGAGUUCUCCCGAGACCGGAAGUCCAUGUCUGUGUACUGCACGCCCACCCGCCCUCACCCUACCGGCCAAGGCAGCAAGAUGUUUGUGAAGGGGGCUCCUGAGAGCGUGAUUGAGCGCUGCAGCAGAGUCCGCGUGGGGAGCCACACAGCACCCCUGACCCCCAACUCCAGGGAGCAGAUCCUGGCAAAGAUCCGGGAUUGGGGCUCAGGCUCAGACACGCUGCGCUGCCUGGCACUGGCCACCCGGGACGCGCCCCCAAGGAAGGAGGACAUGGAGCUGGACGACUGCAGCAAGUUUGUGCAGUAUGAGACGGACCUGACCUUCGUGGGCUGCGUGGGCAUGCUGGACCCGCCGCGGCCUGAGGUGGCUGCCUGCAUCACACGCUGCCACCAGGCGGGCAUCCGCGUGGUCAUGAUCACGGGGGAUAACAAAGGCACUGCCGUGGCCAUCUGCCGCAGGCUUGGCAUCUUUGGGGACACAGAAGACGUGGCGGGCAAGGCCUACACGGGCCGCGAGUUUGAUGACCUCAGCCCCGAGCAGCAGCGCCAUGCCUGCCGCACCGCCCGCUGCUUCGCCCGCGUGGAGCCCGCACACAAGUCCCGCAUCGUGGAGAACCUGCAGUCCUUUAACGAGAUCACCGCCAUGACUGGUGAUGGAGUGAACGACGCACCAGCCCUGAAGAAAGCAGAGAUCGGCAUCGCCAUGGGCUCAGGCACGGCCGUGGCCAAGUCGGCGGCAGAGAUGGUGCUGUCAGAUGACAACUUUGCCUCCAUCGUGGCUGCGGUGGAGGAGGGCCGGGCCAUCUACAACAACAUGAAGCAAUUCAUCCGCUACCUCAUCUCCUCCAAUGUUGGCGAGGUCGUCUGCAUCUUCCUCACGGCAAUUCUGGGCCUGCCCGAAGCCCUGAUCCCUGUGCAGCUGCUCUGGGUGAACCUGGUGACAGACGGCCUACCUGCCACGGCUCUGGGCUUCAACCCGCCAGACCUGGACAUCAUGGAGAAGCUGCCCCGGAGCCCCCGAGAAGCCCUCAUCAGUGGCUGGCUCUUCUUCCGAUACCUGGCUAUCGGAGUGUACGUAGGCCUGGCCACAGUGGCUGCCGCCACCUGGUGGUUCCUGUAUGAUGCCGAGGGACCUCACGUCAACUUCUACCAGCUGAGGAACUUCCUGAAGUGCUCCAAAGACAACCCGCUCUUUGCCGGCAUCGACUGUGAGGUGUUCGAGUCGCGCUUCCCCACCACCAUGGCCUUGUCCGUGCUCGUGACCAUUGAAAUGUGCAAUGCCCUCAACAGCGUCUCGGAGAACCAGUCGCUGCUGCGGAUGCCGCCCUGGAUGAACCCCUGGCUGCUGGCGGCUGUGGCCAUGUCCAUGGCCCUGCACUUCCUCAUCCUGCUUGUGCCGCCCCUGCCUCUCAUUUUCCAGGUGACCCCACUGAGCGGGCGCCAGUGGGUGGUGGUGCUCCAGAUAUCUCUGCCUGUCAUCCUGCUGGAUGAGGCCCUCAAGUACCUGUCCCGGAACCACAUGCACGAAGAAAAGAGCCAGAAGUGAGCGCUGGGAACAGAGUGGAGUCUCCGGUGUGUACCUCAGACUGAUGGUGCCCAUGUGUUUGCCUCCACCCCCCACCCCUGCCACCACACUCGCCCACUUGCCCACCGGGUCCUGCCGGAUAAAUGACAGGCCCGAGGCCAGAACGGCCAUCCCCGGGCCUCGUCCUGGGGUCUCUGUCCCCACUUCCUUCUGGCCUGGGAGGUCUGUAAUUCCUGUCUCCUGGACUCUUCUGGGAAGUUCCCCGCUCUGCAGCUCUGGCCCAGGAGCUGCAGGCUGGGAGGGGGCAGCCAAGAAGCCGCAGCUGGCAGCACACCCAGAGAUCCGGGGCCCCCCACCCCCAAAUCACGAGUCCGGCUGGAGCUUGCUCCCCCUUGCUUGGAAGCUGGACGUUCACUUGGUGACUGGUGCCUCUGCACUGACAGAGGACUCCUGGGGGUCCUUCUUACCGGCUCUGACCUCUCCCUUCAUGCCUGGUCUGGGACUGGGUCAGCCCUGGGGGAUCAGAACGGGCCAUCUGGGCCCAGCUGUGUGUAGCGAGGGCGGGCAGCCCCCUCCACUCCGCUCUGCUUCCACAAAGUCGGCUCCCGAGAGCUUGAGGCUGCUUCUGUUUAUAUGUGCAGGGCCCAGGGGGUGAAGGGUCAGAGAGACGGACACAAGGAGCCGGGUGGAGGGCGGAGCGAGGAUGUCCUUUCCCGGGAGACAAGUCGGGAAAGCCUAGUUGGCCUGCGUCAGCCCCGCUCGCCUCCUGGACUCAGGGUUCCCCGCCCUGAGCACAGGAGACGUUCAGAGUCACGCUGCCACCCGGUCCGCCACACGGAGGUCCAACCCGCCACCUGCGUCCCUGGCACCUGAGACCCCUGAGGUCCUCAGGUUCCUGAUCGUGGUACCUUUCUACCCAGCCCAGUGUGCAGCCGCCGCGCUGUCUGUGCAGCUGGGGGCCUCUGAGCCUGGUGGGCUCUCCUGGACUCUUGGCCUCACUCCUUGCCCCCUCCACACGACACCCAUGAGCCGAAAGGAUGUCACUAAGGAGGACUGAUUCCCAAGGGCACCCGCUCUCCCUCCCUCCCUGCUGGAGGAAUGCGUCAUGUCAGAUGAGAGGAAGAUGGCCUUUGAUGGACAGAAUUUUUAUCUUAGCUUUUGCUACUUUGGCAAAAACUAGCGAGGGGUAGCAGAAACCUGCGCCAAGGACUGUCCCUGUGUCUUGGCCCCUCCUAGAGAGUGUGCAGACUGAUGAUUUUGUAUGUAAAUCAAGACUCACAUCCCUUUCCUAGUCCCCCACAUCCAAAGCCCCUCAGCCUGCCCUGCAGACCAAUGGGCUCCAUGUUCUGUAGCCCCCUCCCCCACGCCUCUCCCCUCCUCCCUCUCGCAGGUUCUGGGUGGCCAGUGAGAGAAAUGCAGUGGGGGAGGCGGGGAGUCUGGUGCCUGCAGAGAUUCUCUGCCUCUUUCCUGGGGGGAGGUGGGGAGGUCUUAGCGGGAGCAGGGCCCUGUACCCACCUGCUGACAUGCUGUUUGGUAGAGAAAUAAAGGUUGUGUGACUGGGGGAA